AUGACAGAUGUUUCAUCAGAUUUCACCACCUCUGAGAUGUUGGAGAUUGAGAGUAUUAAAAUGCACAAAAAAGAUCUUCUGGAAGAUAUCCAGAAGCUGAAGAUGGAGAUUGAGAAUGUGAUGGCAGAGAUUCAGGACUUUGAGUCAGCAGAAGAGAAUAAACUUCUUGAGAAGGGGAAGCAGUUCUCCAGUGGCAAGAAGAAAUUCAACAUGGACCCUAAAAAGGGUAUGAACUACUUAGUGGAUAACAAGUUACUGGAGUGGAACCCACAAACCAUAGCAGAGUUCCUGUACAAGGAGGAGGGUCUAAAUAAGACAGCCAUUGGUGAUUUCCUCGGGGAGAGAGAUGAUAUGCACCUGCAAGUUCUGAAAGCCUUUGUGGAGCUCCAUGAGUUUUCAGAUCUUAACUUGGUCCAGGCAUUGAGACAGUUUCUAUGGAGUUUCCGUUUGCCUGGCGAAGCUCAGAAGAUCGACCGUAUGAUGGAGGCUUUUGCAACACGUUACUGUGAAUGCAAUGCUGACGUGUUCCAGUCGACCGACACAUGCUACAUCCUGUCUUUCGCCAUCAUCAUGUUGAAUACCAGUCUACACAACCCCAACGUUAAAGACAAGACCACAUUAGAACGUUUCAUCAGCAUGAACCGAGGCAUCAACAACGGUGAAGACCUCCCUGAAGAACUGCUCAAGAAACUCUAUGACAGCAUACAAAGCGAACCUUUCAAAAUCCCAGAGGAUGAUGGGAAUGAUUUAACACACACAUUCUUCAAUCCUGACAGAGAGGGAUGGCUGCUCAAAUUGGGAGGCAGGGUGAAGACAUGGAAAAGACGAUGGUUUAUCCUCACAGAUAACUGCCUGUACUACUUUGAGUUCACCGCAGACAAAGAACCCAGGGGAAUUAUUCCCCUGGAGAACCUGUCCGUGAGAGAGGUUUCGCAUCCCCGCAAACCGUACUGUCUGGAGCUAUAUAACCCCAACAGUAAGGGCCAGAAGAUCAAAGCAUGUAAGACAGAGACAGAUGGGAGAGUUGUGGAAGGGAAACACCAGUCUUACAUGAUCUGCGCAGCCAGCGCUGAGGAACGAGAUGACUGGAUCGAGUCUAUCAGGGCGAGUAUCACCAAAGACCCGUUUUAUGACCUCGUCUCAGUCCGAAAGAAGAAAGUCAUUAACCAAGCGGUACACGAGUGAGAGAAUGACCGCUAGAGUGAGGGACUAUGGGAUGCAAGGUACACAGAAAACUACAAAAACUACAUUCAGUCUGUCUUCUAAAGAAAGAUGGACUGCUG